GUGGUGCUGAUCGGUGAUUCUGGAGUUGGAAAAAGUAACCUCCUUUCUCGCUUUACCCGUAAUGAGUUCAAUCUAGAGAGUAAAAGCACCAUCGGUGUGGAAUUUGCUACAAGGAGCAUCCAAGUGGACGGUAAAACAAUCAAAGCUCAGAUCUGGGACACGGCCGGACAGGAGAGAUACCGCGCAAUCACCUCUGCGUACUACCGAGGAGCUGUAGGUGCUCUGCUGGUGUAUGAUAUCGCCAAGCAUCUUACCUAUGAAAAUGUGGAAAGGUGGCUGAAAGAGUUGAGGGACCACGCGGACAACAACAUCGUCAUCAUGCUGGUGGGCAACAAAAGCGACUUGCGCCACCUGAGAGCAGUGCCGACCGAUGAGGCCCGAGCAUUUGCAGAAAAGAAUGGUUUGUCCUUCAUCGAGACUUCAGCCCUGGACUCUACAAAUGUGGAGGCUGCUUUCCAGACCAUCCUGACAGAAAUUUACCGCAUUGUGUCUCAAAAGCAGAUGUCUGACAGACGUGAAAACGACAUGUCCCCAAGUAACAACGUUGUCCCCAUCCAUGUCCCACCCACCACUGAAAAUAAACCAAAGAUGCAGUGCUGUCAGAACAUAUAA